UUUCCCCCCGCGCUGGUGCUGGCGGCCCGGGCGGGCAGUGACGCCACGGGCCCUGGCGGCCAAUCCGGGUGCGGUGGCCCCGCUCGAAUCUUGGCGGCGCGGGGGCGGGGGCGGGGGCGCCGCCUGAGGGCCGGGCGGGCCGGCCGGGCUGUGGCGCGAUGAGCGGGACCCUGGCCCGGCGGGAGGAGCUGCCGUGCCGCUCCGUGUCCCUCAGCAGCGUCGCCGCCGACACGCUGACCCCGCUGAAGGAGCUGCUGAGGUGCCCGGGCGCCCCGCAGGCCGGCACGGAACCGGAGGGCCGCGGGCAGAGCGGCGCCGGGGGAGCGGCGGGAGAUGCCCGGCAGCCCACGGGGCCGGCGGGCGGCGGGGCCGGGUGGGAGCGCCUGGAUGCCAGCGUCCUCCGGGCCUACCUGAGCCCCGGCCCCGAGCGGCGGCUGAAGCGCCGGGCCGGGGAGCCCGCCGCGCACGAGUCCCCGGCCAAGGUCUUCCAGCGGCUCAAGGCCAAGGCCGCGCAGCGGCGGCGGGAGCGCGGGCAGCCCGGGCAGCCCGGCGGCUGCAGCGCCGACUCCAUCCUGACCCCCGGGGCCGCCCAGCGGGCCCCGCGACAGCCGCGGCCCGGGCCGCAGGGCGGGCAGGACCGCCGGGCCCCCGCGGGGCCGGUCCGGCCUAGGCAAGAAUUACUUUGCACUCAGAUUCUUCAGAAGCAAACCAGAAAAGCACUGGCCACAGACCCAAUUUUAAUGGAAUCCCCUCAGAAGUUCUUCUUGCGUGUAAAGCGGAAACUGCAGAAGCAACAAAAAGAUCCAACACCUUCAGACCCGGUAAAGCAGAACAUUCCUCCUUCCACAGCCGCAGAAAAGCUGUUCGUCACAUCUGCUGUUGCUGAGCAGCUCAGGGAGGAUCCUGCAGAACAAGGGGCCGCUAAUAAGGAUGAGCAGGAUAAUUUCCUUAUAGAAUCAGUGGAUGCUGAUGAUGAGAUGUCUCAAAAUACAGUGACUGAUUUUGCGACUUUAAACUCCCCCCAUUUUAAAAAUGGGAAUUGGUUAGAAGAAAGGCGGGGACAUGGAGAAGCAAAACGUGCUGAACCUCGUCAAGACAGAAGAGAGUUGCGGUCAAGUAAUAAGGAAGCUGCUCACAGAGCAGAAAAGACACUGGAGACUAAUUCUGCAAAGGCCUCUCAGUGCUCGUGUGCCAUUGCGCUCUCUGCUCCCAAAGCCCACGUUCCGAGGAAGGAAAAGCCGAAAGGAGGCUGCGAGGUGCAUGUGGACAAGCCUCGCACAGACCCUGCGGCUGGGAAAGCCGACAAAGAGAAAGCUGUCUGCCUGACGAGUUGGAGAAUUAAAGUGAUGGAUGGUAACACUGCAAUAUGUGUUGAAGGAAAGCGCAAAGAUAGGAAAAACACGACUUGGCACAGUAACGCCGUUGUAGAACGCAUAAGUUACAACCAAGUGAAAACCUCAUCCGGCAAUGUCUACUUGCUGCAGGGCAGGAUGGAUUCGGCUUCCAUGCGGAAGGAAGGAUUUCCCUACCGUUUCACCAAAAAGUUUUUAUUUGGGUUUUCCAAGAAGUGGAAGGAAUACGUUGAGGAGCUACUUGAGCAGAGGAGAAGGAAAGAACAGAAGCGGAAUAGUAGUGAGGAUGAAAAUGAAGACGUGGACUCGGAGGUGGGUACGGCUGUGUCGAAACAUGCAGAAGAUUUAGCAAGAGCAGCACAGAAAGCUGAGAUCAGGAACACCACCUAUGAAGUGCUGCCAGGCUACAGUGAGAAUGCUUAUACGACACCGAACCACAAUUUAGUGUCGAGUGACCCAGACAGAGUUUACACGCGUAGCGGCCGCCUUGUUAAACCACCGUUAAAUUUCUGGUGUGGGCAACGUGAGCUCGUGGAUCAGCAACUAAACGUUACUAUAGAGAAAGGAGGAGUAGAUUAUUUGAGCAUGAUGUUUAGUAGUGAAACAUCCCAAAAAAAGACCGGCUCCAACUCCAAGAAGAAAGAGAGCAAGCACGUAAUGAGGGCAAUGGAAGAAAGACCAAAAAGCCAAAGUAAAGGGCAAAACAGUGAAAAAGGAGUAAGUUCCCAACGACCAAACAAGUCUGCUGGAAGCAGGGAGCCCAGGCGCUUAAUUUCAGAUGAUGAUGGAAGUGGAGAUGCGAUCAAUAGUACAAAAACUAAACAGCAGUUUUCUGCUAAGCUGACUCCCUCAAGCACUGCAGUACUAAACAAACAUAACUCUGCCAGCAGAAGGGGAAUGACAAAGGAGAAGAGAGGAACAGGACAUGGAGACCUGACCACGUAUCAGCAGGCUUACAAGUACUCCUUGAGGUCAGCCAAACAACGUCAGGACAAGCGUUUACCAGAAUUGUCAAGCAGAGAUGAGGAAGAGGAAUCCAGCGAAGAUAUCCCACUGGCUAUCAAAAGGAAAAAUAAACCUUUAUUUCGAAGAGAGACUCAAAACUCUCAAUCUUCCUCAAACGGUGGCAGCUCCCGGGGGGACGCACACAGGGUGUGUGGUGAGCAGAGCACGGCCCCGCACCACGGUGGCUCCUGCCCCGCGCCGCCGAGGGACAGCGCGCCCAGCGCCACCCGCGGCUCCCCUUCGCGGGAAGGGAGAACGCCGUCCAGCGCGCCCAGCGCCUCCCGUCUGCCCGACAGCGCCAGGAUGACAAGAAGCAGGUUCAACCAUCUGAGGCUGCUUGAGUCUGACACAGAGUCUGAAGCCAGUGAAGCACAAUCUCAAACAAAACAAAGCAAUUCAAAAGUAGCUGAUAAAAACCUAAAUUAUCAAGUUUCUCAGAAUGCCAAGUCCUCAGCAGCAGAAGCAAGAAAACCUGAGAGGGAAAGAAUUCUAGGGAAUUCUGCACCUUUUCCAAGGGCAACUGAUGGCUGGUCUGAAAAGGAAUUGCAGAAGCUCUACAGGGCCAUCGCUGCGUUCCCAAAGCACAAGAAGGGCUUCUGGGUGGAGGUGGCCAUGGCGGUGGGCUCCCGCUCCGCCGAGGAAUGCCACCACAAGUACAUGGAAGAACAGCAGGCAAAGGGGCCCAAACCGCGCGCCAAGAAACCCACUGCUUCAGAAAAAAAAGAACAGAAAAGUACCGAUAUCUUGGUUCUGGAUAAGAAAGAGCCGGUUCCCAUAACUGCCAAAGUGGGAACCUUAAAAAGAAAGCAGCAGAUGCGCGAUUUCCUGGACCACUUACCGAAGGACAACCACGACGACAUUUUCACCGCAACGCCCUUUCAGAACAGAAGAGUAAAGUUGCCAAUGCUCCGGGGAAGCCAAGAUAACGACGACGUGUUCACCCUCACGGACAUCCCGAUCACACCCGCCUCGUCCGUGUUCUCCCUGGCGAAAACCCCGCAGUGCGAGCACAUCAGCCCCGGGAUGCUGGUGCCCAUCAACAGGAACGAUUACGACAGGCACGUGUUCCGCAUGCAGAAGAACGCGCAGGGCAGCAGAGGCACCUGGGACAACGUCAAGAAGGCGGCGGCCGGAGCUGUGAUCGGGACGCCGGCUUCGCACAGAACCAAGUUCACUUUUGAUCAGAAAGUGAAGGAGACGAGUGUUGUAGGGAAGCUCUUUGAGGCCAAGGCAGGAGACUCAUCCGGUGAAGAAAAGGACGAUUCCUAUUUUUCUGAUUAAUGAACUUCAUGGACGUUCUCAGUUCAACACUUGCGCGCCUCUCCUGCGGAGCGAAGGGGUCUGGCCACCCCUCCGACGUGGUGCUGCUGUGAUGUUGAGUUCAUUUUAAGCGUGACCUGCGGUGAUUUUAUGUGUUUUAACGCCAUUCUCCUCGUGCUGCCUGUCCUGCAAUGUUUGUCCUUUUCCAUGUGUACAAAGUGGCACUUUCUUGCCCGGGCUCCUCCUUUCCCUACCCUGUUUGUGCUGGGGAGGCAGAAGUGUACUUGGACACCAAGUACCGGCAAGGUUUAAUUCACUUAAGAUGAAAUAUUGCUCUACAAUAAAUUUAUAAUGGUAGGCUGUAACUAAUUAGAAAGCAAUUCCCAUUUCCUCUGCUGAGAGUUUGAAUUUUACAGUUCCUUUAUGUAAUUAAAAAGGACACGCUUAUUUUA